AUGGAAGACAUUAUCUCCCCAUGUUCUUCACCCAAUUUUUGUCAAGAAAACUCAGCCACAUUUCAACAGCGUCUCCAAUUCAUAGUUCAAAACAGGCCUGAAUCGUGGGCGUAUUCGAUUUUCUGGCAAGCCUCCAAAGAUAGCAAUGACCAAGUUGUUUUGUCAUGGGCUGGUGGCCAUUUCAAAAGCUCAAGGGACUUUGCAUCCAAAAGAAGCAACAAAAUGACCAAUAAUUACCAACCCAAAUUUGGGUUCAGCAAUGUGAAGAGAAAGAAGGUGAAUAACAGAGAAGUUGAAGUUCUUUUCGAUGAAGAAGACAUGGUGGACUUGGACAUGAGUCUUGUUGAUCAUGGAGUUGGAGAUGUUACUGAUUCUGAGUGGUUUUACUUUUACACUGUUUCUUUAACCCAAUCAUUUGCUGCAGGCCAUGGUAAUAAUAGUAUUCUGGGCCGUGCGUUUUGCUCUGGUGGUUUUGUUUGGCUUGCAGGUGACCAUGAGCUUCAGUUUUAUGAGUGUGAGAGAGUGAAAGAAGCUAGAAUGCAUGGAAUUCAAACUCUGGUCUGUAUUGCAACUCCAUGUGGCGUACUUGAACUUGCUUCUUUGUAUGUGAUCAAAGAAGAUUGGGGCCUUGUGCACUUAUCCAAUUCCCUCUUUGAAUCAGACAAUAACAGGGUCUCAAAGCAGGGUAGCCAUGACGGCAAUGUACUAGUUUCUCUCCUGGAGAAUGAGAUGUUUUCAGGAGGUCAAAAAGAUUUGACCAGACAAGAAUGUGGUGUAAAAGAAGCUACGCCUGUCAAUAUAGGUGGAUCAUCAUCAGACUCACCUUCUGAUUCUGUUGGUAAUUUCACUUCUGCGAAUGCAAAAAACAUUCGAUUGAAAAAGAGAGGAAGAUCAUCAAACCAUGGAACUGGUAAAGAAUCAUCAACCCAUGUUGAAGCAGAAAGACAAAGACGCGAGAAGCUUAACCAUCGAUUCUAUGUCCUCCGCUCUGUUGUUCCGAAUGUGUCGAAAAUGGACAGGUCCUCUUUGCUUGCUGAUGCUGUGGCAUACAUCAAUCAGCUCAAAGAAAAAGUUGAGGAAUUGGAGGCAAAGAUCCAAGCACAACCCCAAAAUCCCGAAGUAGGUCAUGUGAGCAAUCUUGAUCAUCAUCAUCAUCACAGCAGCCAAAGCACCGGCUCCAUAGUUGAUCAUCGUAGUUCAAGUUAUAAUAUUAAUAAAGCAGGUGCUGCUCUGGAAGUGGAUGUGAAGAUUUUGGGCUCAGAAGCCAUGAUACGAGUUCAGUGUCCAGAUCAAGAUUACCCAUAUGCUAAAUUGAUGAAUGCACUCAAAGCCCUAGGUUUUCAAGUUUACCAUGCAAGCAUUUCAAGUGUGAAAGAGUUAAUGAUUCAAGAUGUUGUAGCAAGAGUACCUUAUGGGUUCAACAGUGAGGAGGCAGUCAAAACGGGUAUUAUAAAAAUAUGGUACAACUAG